AUGGAUGACAAUGUUAUAAGACAUUUUGCAGAUGGAAAGGCAUGGAAAGAGUUUGAUCGGUUGUACCCUAAUUUUGCACCAAAUGAGUCGAUUCCUGCUGCUAUACCUUCUGAAGAACCAAUAGAGGAGCAAUCCAACAUAAACCAAGAAGAAGACAAUGCCAUUCCUUCUCCUGAACUAAGAAACAAGGCUUCCAAGAAAAAAGAAAAGAAGACAACAAGAAGGAAAAGGAAGAGAACUGAAGCUGAAGCUCAACAAGAUCACAGUAUCCCCAUCAAAGAAGCUCAGUUACAGUUUGAUCAACUGUACAGAGAAGAAUUGAUGAAAUUUGAUGCAAUUUAUCAAAAGGACAUCAUAGGGAUUGAUACCACAUUAUGUGUGGAAGGUUUUGAAGAGUUUAAAAGAUGUGCGAGCAUGAAUCAAAAGAGUUUGAAGAAGAAGCUACCAGAAAAGCAACCAGAAAAGCAACCAAUAGUACUAUAUCUAAAUGCUUCAACAGAAGAAGAUCAAAAUUUCAAGGAUCCAGAAAAGGAUGAACCACCUAAAGAAGAUCCAGAUAAUGAUGAUCGAGUUGAAGAGCAUACACAUGAUAAGGAUACUACUAUCGAGGAUCCAGUUCAAGAGAAUGCAAUUGAAAAUGAUGUGGCUAUGGAGGAUCCAGAACAAAGGCAUGCAACUGAUCAUGAUCCAGAUGAAAAUGGGGAGGAUCAAUAG